AGUUAUCUACGACCCUCGAUAUGGCGCAAGCAGGUCCCUCCUGUGAGGCCAGUGAGAAGAGGUCUGGCCUGAAGAGAAAGAGAAAUUCAACUGACGAUGAGGUAGAGAAUAUGCCACCUGAGAAAAUAAUAACAAGAGACGAUGAUCUUAACGACCAGCCAGGACACAAUGUUGUGGUGGAAUCAUCAUCAUGCUCAAGUGAUGAAGAAAGCAACGAGCAACCCAGGAGUGUUUUCACAGAUAUAGAUUAUAAUGCUGAUAGUUUCCUAAGCCCACCGAGUAUACCUGAACUACCUAACUGUGUGUUAAGCCCCUUGGAAAAUGUAGCGAGGGGUGACUGCACACCACAUUCUAACAAGAGGCCAAGCACAAGUAAACCCCUUUGCCCUUCACCACCGAAGCGCAAGUGUCCCCUGCCUGGAUUAUCCUGGGCAGACCCUACAGAUGUGUGGAGAAGUAUGUGUGAGUGUGAUACCAAGUCCAGCAUGAAGAAAAACCCCAAUAUGUUUGACCAUCAUCCUAAACUCCAGCCAAGGAUGAGGUCUAUCCUAUUGGAUUGGCUAAAUGAGGUUUGCGAAGUGUACAAGCUGCACAGAGAAACUUUUCACCUGACCGUUGAUUACGUCGAUCGCUACUUGACCAAUACUGACGACGUGGAGAAAGGUCGCUUACAACUCAUAGGAAUAACAUGUUUAUUUAUCGCUGCAAAAGUAGAAGAAGUGUACCCACCUAAAAUCAGCGAGUUCGCAUACGUGACGGACGGUGCCUGCACGGCCGAAGACAUCCUACUAGAGGAGUUGCUCAUAUUAAAGAUCCUGUCGUGGAGCAUCACCCCCAUCACGAUCAACAGCUGGCUGAAUAUUUAUAUGCAGCUGGCGAGUGAGGGCCGGAGUGCUAAGCGGCGGUUAUUAGGCGAGAGUGAUGUAGGGGCUAAUGCGCUGCGCGGGUACACGUUCGUGUUCCCGCAAUACUCGUCCUUGGAGUUCGUGGUGUGCGGCCAGCUGGUGGACCUGGCCGUGUUACACGUCGACGUCAACAAGUUCCCCUACAGCGCCGUGGCCGCCGCCGCCAUUGCGCACACCUUCAGCGAGGACCUCGCUCUCAGGGUGUCGGGUUACAGCCGCGAGGCUCUGGAGCCGUGCCAGCGCUGGCUGGCGCCGUUCGCGCGCGCGGUGCGGCGCUGCGGCAGCGUGCGCGCCGUGCGCGGCGGCGACGGCGAGCACGUGCAGCGCGCCGCCGGCCUGCGCCUCAUCUGCCCCGACCUCAACCUCGACGAGAGCCACCGCAUACAGACGCACGACGUCUCGCUCGACAUGUUUGACCAGGUGUACCAGCAGUUAGAACUGCUAGAAGAACCAUCACAGCGGGCGGAACAUGUAUUCCCGCCCACGCCUCCACAAUCUGGACAGAAAAGCCCACGCGCUGAAAGCGCGACUCCCGGAGGCUGUGACCGCCUGACUGUUGUCUCUGCUGACUAA